UGAAAGGUUCGUCAGGACGCUAUAAAAGACAGCACUGCUCGCUUGCCGCUGUUGAGCAGCCUAGCAAGGGGAGAGAACCACUGGGAAAGGGCUGAACGCGUUGGAUCCAAAAAAGAAGUCAGAACAUCGAGCAACGCGGGUUUCAGAAGGCGAACAGGUAUCACCAGCAUCUUGUGAACAUCUUCUCUCCCCUUGGCUUUCACGUUCCAUCAGCUUGCUGCACAAACACUACCUUGAACCACCAUGGCCUCCAUCGUCCAUUCAUCUGAGCCUGAAAUCCCCGAUAACCACAAAGAGAGCUGGCUGGCGCUGCUCUCGGCGGCGGAAGCGUAUUGCCAAAAGUCCGGCUGCGACCUCGCCAUCCUAACAGCCUGCAAGAAGUUUCGCUCUUCAGCGGGAGGCGGGGACGGCAUGAAGAAGCGGGUGAGCAGCAGCAGUGCCUUUCGGAAAGACUGCGAUUUCGUCUACAGCGUGUGGGGUCAAGGGUUCCUGGCGGAGUCGGCACGCCGCUACGUAGAAGAUAUCGGGGUGUUGCACUCGACAACUAUGCUAACGGCCCAGAGGCACACGCGGCAGAGCGGUGGGGUCGGAGUGCCGGACUCGAACACGGACCCAGCUCACAGGAACCCAACGAGUGAUGGAGUCAGCCCCAGUGGAAAACUGUAUUCCCAAAGCUACCCAUCGAUCUACAGCACGGGGGCAACCACGGGCCCGGGUGGUGAGCAGAAUGGAGACCGGGAACGGGAAAAGGCUGCGUUGGAGGCGACCAAGAGGGGGCGACAGAGGUCUGGCAUUGUGGACGUGGAAGAAGAGUGCGAGGAUGAGGAAGAGGAGGACGACAUGGAUGAGAGGAGGCCCGACGGGAAUGAAAGUGCCGGAGUCUUCUCCAUGGACGAGGACUCGCUGUCCCGCGACUGUGAGCCCUUCUUCGAGUCCGACGGCGAGGAGGAGAGCACGGAUGGGUCGUUGAGCGAGGAGGCGCCUCCUCCUCUACGCAGCAUGGCCGUCGGCCAGCCGACUCACUCGUCCCGCCACACCAACGCCAUGGCCAUGGCUCGCUCUCUUCCAGUGUCUGUUCCGGGGUGGGGUUGCAAAGGGAACCACACUCCGGUCGGCGACGGCAACAGCGGCGAAAGGGUGGGCUGUGCUGACCUGGAGCACAUCGCCGCCAGCAUGAAGGCUCUGAUCGUCCCCGGCGCUACGGACGGGACGGAGAUGUUCGGGGCUUUACCUCGGCCACGUCUCAACACCGGGGAUUUCUCCCUCAAACACUGAGACCAGGCAGCUGUCGAGUUGAGGCUAGUCACGGUUUUGGUGAGCAGUGAAGGCCGGGCAAAUACUAGUACCUCCAUUUUUAUUUUAUCUUUUUUUUCCCUGCGUUAUAAACUAACCAAAAUUAACACGACUCACUGACCAAAAACAACACUAAUGCGCCACAUCAAACACUAAGACAAAUGUGACCUGCAAGUUGAAUCAAAGCUGCCCUGAAGGGCUGCUCUAGUGCUGCGUACUGGCGCUUUACCUGUCAAGCCACUCUGGAGCUGGCGCUAAACCUCCACCAUAGCAUUCACACCACCCUAAAUUCCAAAUGUCCAAGAGUUCUACCUUUUAAUUUUGACGGUACAACACCAUGUCGAUGCCUCCGCUUUUAUCUGACGUUUUAAUUGUUUUACGCGCCUUCUGGCGAUGCUCACCAGCAUUGUUAAACCCCUGAUAGUUAAAUCUGGAGCACCUUUUUGUUUUCUUUUUCACAACUGAUUUGAAACACCAAGGCAUUCACUCACCUGAAAGAAAUUGCCCCCAAAUUUAAGUUCACUCAACACCAAGUACACAGGUUUUUGAGAUUUGCGAAUGACAUUAGCUGAAGCGCUAGCGUGCCGCACUAGAGCGGCUCUUUCUUUCCGCCAUCGACUCUCCAGACGAUAGCAUUUUGUGGCCGAGACAUUUUGAACCACCAGCACAUGAACAUGCCUGUUAGCUUUUGGUAUAUGACUGAUGGAAUGAUUGUAGAAUUGACUUUCUUUUUGGCUCCUAAAUCUCCAUGUGACCGCAUGAUGUAAAGAAAGCAAAUUGGAUAAGAAAAAGUUGUUAAACUGAAAAUUGUUUUAAAUAAAAGGAGCAACGUCAAGUA